AUGCCCCUCAACACCUCCUCAAACUCAACCAGUAGAGAGGACACCAACAACAACAACAACAGGAAGAGCAUCAUGCUCCUCAACACCUCCUCAAACUCAACCAGUAGAGAGGACAACAACAACAACAACAACAGGAAGAGCAUCAUGCUCCUCAACACCUCCUCAAACUCAACCAGUAGAGAAGACAACAACAGGAAGAGCAUCAUGCUCCUCAACACCUCCUCAAACUCAACCAGUAGAGAAGACAACAACAACAACAACAACAACAGGAAGAGCAUCAUGCUCCUCAACACCUCCUCAAACUCAACCAGUAGAGAGGACAACAACAACAACAACAACAGGAAGAGCAUCAUGCUCCUCAACACCUCCUCAAACUCAACCAGUAGAGAGGACAACAACAACAACAACAACAACAGGAAGAGCAUCAUGCUCCUCAACACCUCCUCAAACUCAACCAGUAGAGAGGACAACAACAACAACAACAACAACAUCAACAACAGGAAACUCAAGCUACACUCACAACCAACUCAAGUUUUAAAAAACACAAACAAAAAGCGUCCACCUGAAGUUUGGACCAAUCAGACACGGAACACCACGGUAUUUACUGUCAGUCCUGGGAAUAAACCACCGAACUGCGAAUGA